AUGGAAAACUCUGCGACAUUCCCCGAUCUCGCUGGCAAAGUUGCUAUCGUCACCGGCAUCGGUCAAAUUGGUACUCGUGAGCGCUGGGGUAACGGCGCAGCCACCGCCCGUCUCCUGUGUCAUAAUGGUGUCAAGGUCUUUGGCUGCGACAUCGAUAUUGACGCCGCUUCCUAUACCAAGACCAGGAUAGAAGCCGAGGGAGGCACUGUUGAGAUCACACAGGCUGAUGUGACCUCGUCUGCGGACGUCAAGAGGCUCGUGUCUGAGUGUGUGACCAAGUUUGGUCGGGUGGAUAUCUUGGUUAAUAAUGUUGGGCGCUCAGAACCUGGCGGUCCGGCUGAGAUGGAGGAAAAUAUAUGGGACGCUCAGGCGGAGCUUAACAUCAAGUCUGUUUACCUGACAUGUCAUGAGGUUCUCCCCAUAAUGGAGGCACAAAAGAGCGGCGCUGUUGUCAACGUGGCCUCGAUCGCGGGGAUGCGAUACAUUGGCAAGCCCCAAGUCGCCUACUCGACCUUUAAAGCCGGAGUCAUGCAAUUCACCAAAGCCACUGCGGUCAUUUACGCUGCCAGGGGCGUGCGCCUCAACACUGUCGUGCCGGGACUCAUGAAUACGCCACUCAUGGUGUACCUAGCAAACAAGUACGCCGGCGGAGAUCUGGAAGGGUUUUCAGCGAAGAGAGACAAGGCUGUUCCUAUGGGGAAACAGGGCGACAGUUCAGAUGUGGCAAAUGCCAUUGUCUUCUUGGCUUCUGAGAGCGCAAAGUAUAUCACUGGGCAGGAGUUGGUGGUGGACGGCGGUAUCACGUCGUCGACUGGCUGA